AUGGGUCCUCAGCAUGCCAUAGAGAUGGAAAGGGCACAUCGCACCGGUAAACCAGCUCAGAAUGGCAGAUCCAGACUAGUGGUGGUCAAGUUCCUCUGUUACAAGGAUAAGCAGGCUGUCCUCACGAAGGCCAAACUCCUCAAAGAUAAACCCCCCAGGACACCAGCAGCAGGACGAGUCUUUAUUCUAGAGAGGACUUAUAGUGUCUCUGUGUCGAGGACAAAGACAGACGACAUGAUGCUGAGGACAUGUGUCCUGUUCGCAGUCUGUGUCUCAGCUGCUCGUCGUGUUGACGGAGACACUUUAUGGAGAGAAGAAGAAGAAGAAGAAGAAGGACAUGUCCAUCAGGACAUUUUAGGAACAGAUUUUCUCCGACAUCCACUGCAUCCUCCGUUUGUCUGUCCUGAUAUGAGUCCAUCUCCCACCGUCCCCACCUCAGUUGAACGUGUCAAAGCUGCAGACAUCAGAGUCAUCGCUGCUCUGGGAGACUCUCUGACUACUGCCAUCGGCGCCAAUGGGUCAUCCAUUUUGGCCACACCGUUUGAAUUUCGUCACGUGUCCUGGAGCAUUGGAGGAUAUGGAACAUAUCAAAACGUCAUCACACUGGCGAAUAUCUUUAAACUCUUCAAUCCCAAUCUGCUGGGUCCGUCACCUGUGUGGACCUUCCACGGCCAGCCAACCACCGUCAACCAGACCGGAUUCAACUUCGCCGUCACUGGCCACAACACACUGAAUGUCUCAGAUCAGAUCAGACACAUGAUCGACACCUUCAGGUCGUACCCAGGUCUGAACUAUGACGAGGACUGGAAGGUGGUGACGAUGCUCAUUGGCAUGAACGACAUCUGUGACUACUGCAAAGACAAAGUAAGACAAGUCGCUCAGUUAGAGUUUAAUAUGAAUGUGUUUAUGUGA